AUGCCCUUCUUCUCCAAGCUUGCGCCGACUCUUGUCUCGGCGUAUGGCCUCCAGAUGGUCCUUGCCGCCAUAUUUGUUCCCCAGAAGAACGAAAUGUACUAUGACCUCGGUGGAGCAGCGGGCUUUGUUUCCACCACCCUUCUCUCGCUCUACUAUCCCCACCUCAAGGCUAAGUUCUGGGAUCACAAGCCGUUCGCUUCGUUGCCUCCUAUGACCUCCUUCGCGCCAAGGCAAAUAGUACUCAAUCUGGCGAUUAUCGCGUGGACGACGAGACUCGGAAGCUUCUUGUUCGCGCGGGCAAAGAAAGCGGGCGGCGACUCCCGAUUCGACAAGGUGAAGCAUCAACCAACGACGUUCACCGCGUUCUGGAUGGUACAAGCGACGUGGGUGUUUCUGGUUGGUUUACCGGUCUACAUGGUGAACACGCUCCCGCCGCCGGCCCACUCGCGUCUCGGGCCGCUGGACUAUCUGGGGCUCGCAGUGUUCGCCGGAUCGUGGAUGUUCGAGAUAGUCGCGGACCAUCAGAAGAGCGCGUGGCGGCGCGCAAAGGAUAGGAAGGAGCACGAUGAGAAAUUCAUCACCACUGGCCUGUGGGGGAUAAGCCGGCACCCCAAUUAUGUCGGUGAAGUUGGUCUCUGGACAGGCCUCUGGCUUCUUGCUGGGCAGUCCCUCCGGACGCCGUCCUUUCCCAGGGGCGCCUGGCUGAUGGCCGGUGUCAGCCCGCUCCUGACGUGGUAUCUGGUACGGAAUGUGUCCGGCGUUCCCCCUUUGGAGAGGGCGGGUGACAAGAAAUUCGGGGAUGACCCUAGGUGGCACGAGUAUAAACGGUGA